GAAGGACGCCUCAGCCGCACAACAGUUACUAAAAAAAAUGCUACGGCAAACUUCUUGAGGAUGUUAGUCUGAGGAGCAUGUGAGCUUCCUUUUUUGCCCUAUUGGCAUUCUGAGCUCUUGAGCAACAUCUUGCAGGAAGAAAGAGUUCAAGAGACUGAAGAUUGCAACAUGUGGAGAAAUGUGCUAAUAGUGUAGAGGAGAGAAGAUACAUGAACUAACUGAACCAGUACAGCACAUGAAUGAAGCCAUCAGCAGAUCAUCCAACUUGUGGCUGAUCUCUUGUGGAUGCAGACGGUUGUACAUACACAGAAAAGUGUCCGUAUGUCUGCGUCCAGAGCGGUUCACAGUUCAGUCAACGGGACGACGGCCAUCCCGUGGAGGAGCAGCAGGAGGAGGCUGACGCUGCUGGAGCAGCUGAGGGGCUGUAAGGAGGCCUGGUGCCCCGGGGCCCCCUGGGACAGAGAGGGGGCCCACGCUGCUAUCUGUGGAACGCCUGCUGGGAGUUUCCUGGUUGUUCGGGACUCUGCGACGUCUCAGCCCGACCUGCUGUGUGUGUCUGCUGGAGGAGAGAAUGGAGCAGUUGUUGAUUAUGACAUCAAAAGCAAAGGCACAGUCUUCCAGCUCUCUGAGUCUCGUCUGUCAUUCUCUGACUUGGCUCAGCUCGUGCUCUUCUACUCUCUGACCAGGGAUGUGUUGGCUGUCUGUCUUUCCAUUCCUCGCUGGAUCUACAGUGUAACCGAGACAACCAAAGAGCAUCUCUCUGAACUUGAACCCAAUACUUGGCUCUGCACGCCGACCGACCAGCACACUGAAGAAAUGACCCAGAGGGAGCCAGGCGACGUUAUGUGCUCCAUACAGCUGACUUCAACCAACGGGGCCCUGUGUAUCAUCAAUCCCCUCUACCUUCACGAACACGGAGAUGAUUGGCUGACCCGCCAAGACGCGCAGCCAUCAAUCUACAACAGACGAGAGCGCCGCCUCAGCACCACCAGAUCAUGGGUGGGGUCGGGGUUACAGAGUAAACGAACCAUCUCGUUGGAUCAGGAACCCUCCGCUGCCAGUACGGAGAGUUCUGGUCUUAUCAGAGCCAUGUCUGCUGAUUCAUCAAAUUGCCCAACAACCCCGUCAACACCAACGGCUCCAGGAGGGGUGGUUCUCCGGAGGCCCAGCAGAGAGAUGACCUCGGGGAGCCUGCUAACGUCUUCUCCCUUCACCCCUGGAAUUUCAACUACUGCAUUGUCUGAGCCGCAGCCCCACGGCAGCCCGGUGCCUCAGUCUCCACACAGGGUGUCCUGGAUUGAGGAUGGAGUCUGGCUGCCUCCGCCCAGGCCUUCCUCUCUGCUCCACCCGCCGUCGCUUGAGCUCGACUCGCUGUCGAUCAGCAGCAUCGAGGAGGAGCAGGAGUGCCAGAUGGCGAGCCCCACCCUGCACCACCCGUGUGCACACAGGUUGGCCGACAAGGUCAUUAAUCGUCUCUCGGCGGUGGGCCAGGCCCUCGGCGGGCUGGUGAGUCAGAGGAAGAGACUAUUCAAUCGCGUGCAGGAGCUGAGCGAGCGGAAAGGUGCGGCGUUUGCGGAGGCCGUGAAAGGAUUUGUGGACAUGACCCUGAAGAAGGGGGCCGAUCCCAGCGGGGUCACGGGGUCAGAGUUCUUACAGGAGGUGAGGUCAUCGCUCACAUCGCUGAAGGACACGCUUUUGGACUACCAAGAAAUCCAGGCGUUGUUGGACAGCAUCACUGACAUGAAUGACUUGGAGAUCGACUCCCUGGUGGAGCUUUCCCUCCACAAGGUGGCUGUGAAGCCCGUCUCCGAACACCUCUACUCCUGCAUUCGUAUUUCCCGCACUAAUGAUGGCACCUUCGAGCGUCUCCAGAGCAACAUGCGCGUGCUGGAGAAGAACGGCGUGGAGGAGCUAGGGGCGGCGGGAGUCGGAGUUCCCGACGCUGUCACCCUGGAGCGGAUCCAGCAGAGGUGGUCUAGUAUGCAUGAGUCCUACUCCCCGAACAAGAAGGUCCAUAUCCUUCUCAAAGUCUGCAAGAGCAUCUAUCACAGCAUGAGCGCUAAUGCAAGCUCAGUUAAGGCGUUUGGAGCAGAUGAUUUCUUGCCCUGCCUCACAUGGGUGCUGCUCCGUAGUGACGCGGGCACCUUGCAGCUGGACACGGACUACAUGAUGGAGCUGCUGGACCCCACACAGCUGCAGGGAGAAGGUGGCUACUACCUUACAACUCUAUACGCCUCUCUUUACUACAUCAGCAGCUUCAGGCCGCGCUUGGCUGCCCGUCAGCUCAGCGUCGAGGCCCAAAACUCUCUCAACCAAUGGCAUCGCAGGAGAACCCUUCACUGCAACCAAUCGCGACGCAGCAAGAACCGGCGGACCAUUCGCAGGCAGGCGUGCAGGGACAGGGGGGCGCAGAAAUCUGAGAAAGACGCUGAGGGUAAAGAGGAAAGUGGGAAAGAAAAUGAGUCUGUUGAUAGCGAGGAGUCACAGCAGCAGACGGAGAGCGACGCAGAUGCUCUGCAGCCGCUGCAGGAGGAGACGAGCAGAGGAUCUGAGGACCAAUCACAGAUGCUCUCUGUAGCGUCGGACUGUAAUCAGCAAGACGUGAUGAGGAGCACACAGGAAGAUGGACAGACUCUGUGUUCAGAAGGAGAACAGGAGCAGAGAUGAUUGUAAUGCAGAGAAGAACAGUAAUGCAAGGCCAUUAAUGCAAAGAAUGGCGACUUGUUGGCAAUUUUUCAGACCGUUUCCGAGAGGGUCAAACCUCCUGAAAGUUGCAACAUAAACCACAAGCAUGUUUCAUCCUGCUGAGAUUCCUCUUUGACAAAGAGCAAAGAAAACUUUUCAUUAAUGUUAUGAUAAUGAAAUCAUGGUCAGGAUUCCUUCUAGGGGUCUUAAGAUAAAUCUGAAGGAGUAGUUUAAAGGGAAAAGGAGAUUUUUGAGAGUCUUUACUUCUCUCAAACUUCAGCAUCUUUUUCUUACAAAGUACUUAAUAUAUUUUACCUCUUCAGGAGUCUGACAAUCAUUUAAAUGGAGAUUUCCAGGGAGAAAUAAUCACUUUCACACUGCCCAUAAGUGGACGCUAGUCCAUUUUAAGUGUUCAUAAGGUUAGGAAGUGCCAGCCUUGAAGUCAUAGCUUUAUUAUAAAGGAGUUCAUAAAUAGUAUUACUAAUAUAUUUAUUUGGGAACAAAUAAAACGUUUUUUGAGGCUAUUUUAAUAUGUAAGGUGCAGCUUGAGUUGGAUUUUUUUAAUAUGCUUAACUAAAACUAAUGUAAUUUUUGAUUUGUAUAUAUUAAUAUUAUAGUAACAAUGUGCAAAAAGAGUACGAUAAUGAGACAAGUUAACAGUUUUGUUUCGCUUUCAAUACCAUUCCCAGCAGCAGCUCUAACUCUCAUGUAUAUUUUUUUUGUGGCAAUAAUUUGUUAAAUGAGCAAACAAAGCAAACAAGUUCGCUUCAACCGCUCAUCAACUCUAUAGCUGGUGAACAUAGUGGAGCAUUGAGCAGCUAAAGAUCCAGAUAUUUCCCUCAGGAGUUGAUGGAGACAAAACAGAGCUAAAAGAGAAAGAAUAUUGGAGUGACAUUUAUCAGAGGGACAGAAACAAGACACCAAAUGUCUGCUAAUGUGCCUCUGUAUCUGCUGUUUGCCAAUGUGUUGUUGAUGUGUCAUUUCUGCUUAGAGUGGAGUUCUUCUGAAUAUAUUUCUUUUAAACUA